GGGAACAGAAGCGGCAAUUCAUCAUUUUCAUCGAGUCACAUCGGGAUCGACAAAAUCAGAUCGAAAAAGAAUUGGAACAAUCAUCUCAAUUCCCAAUUCCGCUACCAACGAACCUUUGGUCCCAUACUAUCUCUUCUUAUUUUUCCCAAACUUCUCCCAAUCAACCCAAUCUCCUAGCCAGCCAGAGAAAACACGGCUGGACUCUACUCCGAACAACACUUGACAAUCGGAGAUCACAGCCACAGCAACAAAAUCAAAUCAAUCGUAUCAACCGAAAUACACCUCAUUAAUACUGUGUACGAAUAGUGUACUCCAGUCUCUCACCAUGAAUUACUUUGUCCGAAACGAGAACCGUGUUUCCCGGAACAGCCACCACCGCACCCGGAAAUCGAGGAACUCCCCGCAGACCCACUCGGGGAAGAGCGAUCGUCCCCGGAGGGCCCUCGAUCAAAUCAAGAGCAGUUACGUCCUCAAGGAAAUGAUGGGGGAAGGGUCUUUCGGAACCGUCCGCAAGCUUCGAUCCCGCCAACGCUUCCGCGAAGCGGGGCUCUGGUCCUUCUUCCGACCGCAUUCCGUCCUCGCCUGCAAGACGAUCCCACGCUCGACGCUCGACGACGAGAAGCUGCUGAAGGAAGAAUGCUCCAACCUCGAGUCCGUCCGGGGCCAUCCCCACCUGCUCGAAUUCGAGCGAACCUUCGAGGACAGCGAGGAGGUCCACAUCCUCACCGAGCUGCUCGAGGGUGGCGAGCUGUACGAGGCCAUCCUAGAGAUGAAGCGACAGAGGAGCUCCUUUCGCAACGCCGACGCCGCCUGGAUGGUCCGAAACAUCCUCGACGGCCUAUCUUACUGCCACGACGUGACGGGGAUCGUCCACCGGGACCUCAAGGCCUCCAAUUUCAUGUUCAAGCGAAACCCAAACAUCACCGCCAAGAACCGAAAGGGCACCAGCGAGAGUCUCCGGGGCAUCAAGAUCAUCGACUACGGCCUGUCCACGACGAUCGAUCCGGAAACGGGCAGGGUCGAGGGCUGCCUGGGGACGCCCUACUACGUGGCACCCGAGGUUCUCACGCAAGACUCCUACGAUGCCAGGUGCGACGUCUGGUCGGCAGGGGUCAUUGCCUAUCUCAUACUAUCCAAGACCCUGCCCUACCAGGGCCGGGACGAGAAGGAGACGGUCCACAUUCUCAUGGAGGCCGAGAAAUACCCUCCCUGCUAUACCGAUCACAACUGGAAGGGCGUCGAACCCUCGGCGAUUGCCUUUUGCAAAUGGCUGCUCUCCGUGGAUCCGGAGCAGCGCCCCACGGCCCGAGAGGCCAUGGCACACCCGUGGCUGGUCCGGCACUGCGGAACCCCGCCCCCGCAGCGGGCCCGGAUCAACCCGGACCACAGCAUUUUUCUGGACCAAGACGAACAGCAAGAGCAUCACAUCGAGGGAAUUUCGGAGCUUCUUUCCUCUGCCAGCACGGAUUCCUUCGAUUCGGUGCAGCGCACCAGCAGCAGCUACAGCCAGGACCACGAGCAUCAUCCACAACAGGCGCGAUCGCAUUCUUCGCCUUCCUCUCUGAGCGCUCCCCACAAGACCGGGACCGCUCUGAGCAUGGAGCCCAUCCCCGAAACGUCUGGCACGCCCAAGACGCAGAAGAUCAGGAAGGACGGCGCCCUCCGAAAAUGGUGGUCCAGGCACCAGCAUUGUGUUCCCCGGACGCAAAAGCAAGCCUCCACGACUCCCGCUGAUACUGCUACUACCGCUGCCAAGUCCGCUUCGUCCACGGCGGUGAAUUCGCGAAUCGUUCGAAUCCGGCAAAAGACCCAGGACACCCUGGUCAUGAACGAAUCGGUCGAUUCCUUGCACUAACUGGAAGAAAGAGUUCUUGGUGUGUCUCACAGUGGAAGGCAUUGUGCAACGCAGCAUAAUGCGCAAGCACCAACACGAAUAAGUCCAGCACGCCGCUACGUGCCUUAGAAAAUGUACCAUUAGAUUUAAUGUCCAUUGCCUCAAACUAAACAUCCUUUCACUAG